AUGCUUACAAGGUUCGCGGUAAGAACACAUUUCGUUGGUUUGGGAUUUCAAGCCCGAUUGGGUUCUCAAGCCCGAUUAUUCCAUCACAGCGCUACGCAUUCAAAAAAGGCAGGCAAGAAGGCUGCCAAGGGGAAGAAAGCAGACGAGGAAGAGAUCAUAGAACUAAUCGACGUUAAAGGAUAUAUCCAACAGGCUACCGAUCAUUUUGACAAGACUAUAGAACUUCACAAAAAGAAUUUGAACGAAGUGAAGUCUGGCGCCUCUAAUCCAGCGAUAUUCGAUAAGCUAAAAGUCGGAAAGGAUGGCUCCAAAUUCACCGACUUGGCCACUACAUCUACCAAAGGCAGAAAUGGUCUCAUUGUCACCGUUUUCGAUCCAAAAGAUACCAAAUUGAUCGUUAGUACUAUUUUGGCAGCUGGGUUGAAUUUAAAUCCAGAAAGAAUACCUAACAAUGAGCAGCAGCUAAAAAUAUCGCUUCCACCCCCAACCACCGAGACUCGUAAGCAGACGUGUAAACAACUGAAGGAAAUUUUUGAAGAGUAUAAGAAUUCAGCUAACAAGAAUUCUCUUGGCCAUGCUCGGAGUGAAAUACUGAAGGAACUAAAAAAGAUUGACAAAAAAAACGAUUCUGUUAAAAAGAUCACUCAGGAUCUUGAAAAGCUUCACAAAGACUACAUCACUAAGCUCCAAGAUAGUCUCAAACAGGCAGAAAAAAGUGUACUCGGAUAA